AGCCGAGAGCUGGCAAGCAGAUACCACCCACGCCGCGCCGCUCUCCAGCUCCAUAUACACCGCCGCGGUCAUACACAGAGAGGCUCGCACGAGAGAGAGAAAGAGAGAGGGAGGAAUCCGAGUAUCCAUUCCAUCUGGCCAUGGCUCUCCGUACCCUUGCGUCGAAGAAGACCCUGUCCCUCGCCCUCGGCGGCGCCCGGCCGCUGGCGGCGGCGGCGAGGGGGGUGACGACGGUCGCGCUCCCCGACCUCUCCUACGACUUCGGCGCGCUGGAGCCGGCCAUCUCCGGGGAGAUCAUGCGCCUGCACCACCAGAAGCACCACGCCACCUACGUCGCCAACUACAACAAGGCGCUCGAGCAGCUCGACGCCGCCAUCGCCAAGGGCGACGCCUCCGCCGUCGUCCAGCUCCAGGGCGCCAUCAAGUUCAACGGCGGCGGCCAUGUGAACCAUUCAAUCUUCUGGAAGAACCUCAAGCCUAUUAGCGAAGGUGGUGGGGAGCUAGCGCAUGGAAAACUUGGCUGGUCCAUUGAUGAGGAUUUUGGUUCAUUUGAGGCACUUGUAAAGAAGAUGAAUGCAGAAGGUGCUGCUUUACAGGGAUCUGGAUGGGUGUGGCUUGCUUUGGAUAAAGAGGCAAAAAAGCUUUCAGUUGAAACUACUGCUAAUCAGGACCCUUUGGUGACUAAAGGGGCAAGCUUAGUUCCUUUGUUGGGGAUUGAUGUCUGGGAGCAUGCAUACUACCUCCAGUACAAGAAUGUUAGGCCGGAUUACCUGAACAACAUCUGGAAGGUGAUGAACUGGAAAUACGCUGGAGAGGUGUACGACAAUGUGCUUGCCUGAUUUGUCUUGAGGGGAUACUCAUUUGCGCUUGCUAUCAAGCUGUUUUGAGUCAUGUGAAAUAAAAAUGGACCUGUCUAGCUACUGGACCUUGUACAUUUCGUUGAGUUAUACUGAUGCUAUAGCUGUUGAAUUUGUUUGUCCUGCUUGCGUGCUCGGCUUGGCUCGGAUCUGCUACGCUCUUCUGUGGCUGGCACCAUACAUAGAUGCCCAGAGAGCCCUGCUUCCUCCGUGUCCAGUAAUAAUGCCAAAGAACUGUUCUUACC